AUGGCUCGGGCUGCUCCAGUGGGGGAUACCACGGAGGCAAUCGACCCUGGGGAUGCGGCCCCGCCGCCUCCCCUGGAGAAGAGCUCUCCAAAAGUAGCGGCUGGCGAGGGUGACCGCUGGAAUCGAGACCGCUGGUCCCAUGCUCUUCCUACUCUUCCGGGCUUCAGAGGCCUCCCACAGAGACUCUUGGAUAGACUCCUUCCUGGAUUGGCUGCUUGGCCUUCUGCAGGCAAGCCGUCCCAGCCUACAGUGCUCAUUCUCUAUAGCACUAAGGCGGCGAUUGCACAAGUCGCUCCUCUCUUCGGUCUCUUCGGGGCCUCAGUCCGCGAACUGGAUAUCUGUAGAGGUGGGAUCUCCCAGGAUGUACUUUCUGAGGAGACCUUUUCUGACCUUUGUGCCCUGGCCCUCUCUGGCGACCUCAUGGCAAUCAUCGGAGGGCCCAAUUGCAGGACUUGGUCAAUUCUGCGACACUUUCCUAGAGCUGGCUGUCCUGGUCCAGUUAGGGGCAGGAAAGGCCAAUCAGCCUGGGGCCUCGAUGACCUUCCGGAGUCGGUGCUCAGGGAUACGGAUAAUGACUCUCUGCUCUUGCUCAGGAUGUUGCUCCUCUACCACCUCUCGUUGGCGUCUGGCCCUCGGCCCCCUGCCUUCCUCCUGGAACACCCGGAGGAUCCCGCCAACCAAGGUACCUCGGAAGCUCAGCAGAAUUGUUCUUCAUGGUGGGCCACGGCCCAGUGUAAAGACUUCGCGGACCUUACACGGAUGAAGAUACACUGCUUUGACCAGUGCAUGCUGGGGCACGGGGCCAGGAAACCCACGGCGGUUCUUAGCAAUCUGGCCCUUGACUGGGAUGGCCUCAGGUGCAGGCAUCCGGACCACCCUGUGUGGUGGUCCAGUUCUGACUUGGCCCGGUGGGGUUGGCAAAUCAAUUUGGAAUUGGCCACUUCCUUGCUAGCCUUCUUCUCCACAUCCGGGGACACGGAUGGAGACCGUUCCAUUGCUUCGGCACUGGCUCCGGUGACGGCUAGUACCUUAAUUGUCCGGCUGGGACACCGUUCUCGCCCCCUCAGGGAUGGUGGCGGUAAACCAUUGUGUGGGAGACUCAAGCCGGAAGACAGGUGCAAAUGCAAGUUGGCCUGGCUUGGCCAGUGGAUCGAGGAGACACUCACCUCGGGGACGGUUGCCACAGGACUCGAUCAGGCGCGGGGCUGCCCCUGGCCAGACCAGUGGGUCGCAGACCUCCGCCAACAACUGGCAUCACGCCUCUCUUCCCGACUCCACCGACCUGUUUCAGCUGAGGUCUCUCCGGGACAACCGUUCGCUUUGGACAUUCUCCAAGCUUUGGUGGAGCUGGCGGAGGACCCGGACCGGGAUUUCCUCCAACACCUACGUGAAGGAGUCCCCCUUGGUGUGGACGGUCCGACGCUGCCGGACCCUAACAUAUGGCCGUCCAAGCAGGAGCUGGGGAAUGCACCGAAAGACUUGGAGCCCCCGGCGCCCACUGCGGCCGACAACUACCCCAGCGCUGAGGUCUUCGAGGACACCAUAGAGAAAACUUUCCUGGAGGAAAAACUCCUCGACAUGGUGGCGGGUCCCCUGUCGGAACAGGUUUUCCUUUGGCUCCUGGUUUUUGUUGAUGAUUUCAUGGCGGUGAUGAAAGAGAGCCUUGGAGAAAUUGGGGCGGCCACCCUCAUGCUCUUCCUUACUUUGCUGGGCUGCCCUAUCUCUUGGCACAAGAAUGCCCUUGGGAAGGUCAACCGUUGGCUUGGGUACAUGGUCAACAUCUCCGAAGGCUCGGUGUGGCUCCCGGAGGAAAAGUUGGCCAUGCUCCGCCCGGCCUUGUUGAAGUUGGAAGCAGGAGAACUCCACACCAGAAAGGAAGUCACCUCCCUACUGGGCAAGUUGCAGUGGGUGGCGAAAGCCUACCCUCAGGUGAGUUCCCACCUCCAGCCACUCUAUGCUUGGGAGCAGAAACUUGAACGGAAAUGCAGACCGGGAGACCUUGUACGUUUUCUGGCAACUCUGCUCAUCUCCAUCUUGGACUCUGGCCCCUGCGUUCCUCUUCGUCUCCAGCACAACACUCCAUGCUACGGGAGCAGUGAUGCCGGUGAGGACGAUGGCCGGGUGGCUAUUGGUGGCUGGUUCUCGCCCUUGCUUAACCCCACCAAGGCGGAGGUCCUGUGGUUCUCCAUGGACGUCCUUACCACUCCAUGGGUGCAGCCCCUCCUGGCGCACACUUCUCCGAAGCGCCGAAUUGGUGCCCUGGAACUCCUGGGCACACUCAUCCUUUUCCUUUUGGCUGCAGAGUCCGUGGGGCCCUGCAUGAUUGAUGCUCAUCUCCCUCUUACUACAGACAAUGAGGGCAACGCCUUUUCUGCCAGCAAGAGAUCUUCGAAGAAGUGGCCUUGCUCGGCGCUUUUAAUGGAGCUCUCCGCACAGGAGUUCCACAAGGGUGUCUUUGCCCAGGUCACCCAUGUCAAGAGGAGUUCUAACACGUGGGCAGAUCAGCUCAUUCACUUUGAUUUCGAAGGAUUCUCCCCCGGAAAUAGGAGGGAAGUUUCCCUUUCAUGGUCUCCAAGUUGGAUGAUCUUGGACAAGCUCCUUGCUUUCAAAUCGGAGCAAUAG